AUGUGCACGUCGUCGGCCCGCUCUUGGUCCCGGACAACCGUAGCUACAAGGGCAUCGCCAUGGGUUGGGCCCCUGCGGGCUUCCAGCAGUCAGGCUUCCACGGUAGUGGUCGGCAUCGCACAGGAGAAAAAAACGGUGUGGAUUGUCUACGACUGCUUCCCCCUGGACCCGGAGACGGGCGUCUGGCGCACCAACGAGCCUGACGUGCCCGUCGCGCUGCGCAACAACACACUGCAGGACGCCCUAGGCCUAACGACGGCGGCCUCGGCCACACGGCACUGUCCUCCGCUGUUUGACGUUGCCAUGCUGAUGGAGAGCAUUGACCAAUGGGGCACCGUCAGCGCCGAGGAGAUGGGCCACAAUGUGCUGAGUACGGCAAAGUUGAGUCGGCAGGGGAUUGCUGCUAUCCCUCGCGACAAUGUGGACCUCUUCCUAGCCAGUCGGCUGUCCCUCGAUGCCAAUCAACAUUGA